UCGGAUUCGGAACCGUCUUCACGACGCUGCACCUCGGUAGGACACCAGCACAUUCCAAUCCCAUCCGGCCAUCCCGACCUCGCCCCGCCGCGAGACGGCACGAGGGUGGCUGCGUCGGCCGCCGCCAUGUCCCCCUUACUUGCGCUCGCGCACCCCCUCCCAAUUUCGCUCUCACUCCCGCCCCGCCGCGCGCUCCCCUCCAAGCCGCCCAGCAGUCUCGCCCCCAACCACCCACCCCUUCGUGCCCACCGCCACCUCCUCGUCUGCACGCUCCAGCGGCCGCUCCACGCGCCUCACCGGUUCGCCUUCUCCGCUAGGGCUUCGGCUUCUGCCGCUGAGCCGGCACGCGGAGAGGGAGACAGCGACGCGGCGGCGCGACGGAAGGGCACGGGGUACCGGAACCGGUUCCUGGACCUGGCGCGGCUGGGGGCGGUGGCAGAGGGCGCGGCGGAGGCCUUCUUCCGCAGCGAGAUCCGGCGGCGGCUGGCCGUCACCGCCGUGCUCAUCGUGGUCAGCCGCGUGGGCUACUUCAUCCCGCUACCCGGGUUCGACCGCCGCCUCAUGCCCGAUUCCUACCUUAGCUUCGCCCCGCUCCCUGCAGAUGACCUUGGUGAUUUUUCUUCUGAAUUGAAGCUGUCGUUUUUCCAGCUGGGGAUCAGUCAUCAAAUUUCAGCAUCAAUUGUCAUGCAGGUUCUCUGUCAUGUUCUCCCAUCACUUGAAAAGCUUCGCAAGGAAGGGUUAGACGGGCACGAGAAGAUAAAAGGCUAUAUAUGGUGGCUCUCAUUGGGUUUUGCAACUGUGGCUGCUUUUACUGUGUCAUGCUAUUCCCUGCAGUAUUCAAUAUAUGCUGCAAGUUACAGGGUUAAGCAUAUAAUUGUAACAAGUCUUUUGCUUGUUCUUGGUGCAAUCUCAAUGACAUGGAUUUGUGACACCAUAUCAGAGUCUGGAUUUGGACACGGUUCAUCUUUGAUUAUCUGUGUGGGAAUUUUGACUGGUUACACAGAUACACUACACAAGAUGAUAACUCAGUUUUCAGGAAAUUUUCCCAAGUAUUGGCCUUACAUCUUGGGAGUCGCUGGAACUUUUAUGAUGGUCACCAUGGGGGCUGUUCUGGUGACUGAAGGAUGCAGGAAGAUAAAGCUUCAAUACUAUGGAUUUAAAUUGGCUUCUGGUGCAGGGCAUGAGAGCACUCCAGUUACAGAGGUUGAGCCGUAUAUCCCCUUCAAUAUCAAUCCGACUGGAAUGCAGCCCUUGCUUACUACCUCAUACUUACUGGCUUUUCCAAGCAUCAUGGCCAGCAUUUUUGGCUCUCGAUUUUGGGAGAACUUGAAGGAAAUUUUGAAUCCAAGGACUUCAAUUGGUGGUAGUCCCUGGGUUUAUUAUUUGACCUAUGCUUUUCUUGUCUUCGUCUUCAACAUUUUUGACAUUGCCAACUUACCAAAAGAGAUAUCUGACUACCUGAAUAAGAUGAGUGCAAGGGUACCAAGUAUAAAGCCUGGAAGAGCAACAGUAGAUUAUCUUACAAAGAUACAAACAUCAACACGUUUCUGGGGAGAAAGGAUCAUCUCUUACAUUCCAGGAGGUCUAUUGCUGAGCUUGUUGGCAACUUGUUCAUUAUUACUUGACCGAUAUCUCAGGCAAAUAAAUGAAGGGUUUUCUAUAGGAUUCACAUCGGUCUUGAUUAUUGUGGGUUCAAUUAUUGAGCUGAGAAGGUCCUAUCAAGCAUACAAUGUGAUGCCAGCACUAAGCAAAGUUUUGAGGAGAUAUGGUGCUUAAGACUAUAAAGAAGAGCAUGAAUUGGAAAGUUUAGUGGGGUUACAGCUUGUGGUGCAGCCUCAAUUGGUGCCAUCAGUUUGCUGUAUAGUGCACUAUGAUGAGAAGCUUACUACUCAAGCUUCUGUGAGAUUCAUAGAUUGGAUUGUUAAGGAAGGAAUACGGUUUUACAUAUGGCUUCAUCAACAAAGUUAACCGAAUAACCAAGAAGGAUAUCCAGUUGUUUUUAUAAGCACAGCAAGUGAACCAAAAUUUGAUAUCCUGUUCACCGCGUCGUAUAAAUUUCAGGUUAACUUUGGAUUUGUAAUUUUCCUACGGUACAAAUGUUUGGGCAGGCGAAGUGAACGACCUCUGGGAAGUCAGUUUCUUGUAGACCUGGACACAAAUUGUUGGAUAGUAUGUUGAUUGUUCGAAUGUAAGCUGAAGGUGAGCUUGGCACUAAACAGAGCAGCACAGCCAAAAUCGCCUUGUACAUAUGCUAAUGUAACUAUGAUUGGACGGAAAUUGCUAAUUUUGUGCUAGUGUGUACUCAAUGGUA